GUGGUUAACCUAGAGUGGAAUAAUACUUAUAUAUCUGAGAGAAAGAAAGAAAGAAAGUAAAGACACUGUACUGAGUGGGUUUUUCUUUCCUUCUUCUGUAUCUGUGAGAGAAAGAGAAAGAGAAAGAAAAUAAUGGGAAGGGGAAGAGUUGAACUUAAGAGGAUAGAGAACAAAAUAAACAGGCAAGUUACUUUUGCAAAGAGAAGAAAUGGACUUCUCAAAAAAGCUUAUGAACUUUCAGUUUUAUGUGAUGCUGAAGUUGCUCUUAUCAUCUUCUCUAGCCGUGGCAAACUCUAUGAAUUCUGCAGCACUUCUAGCAUGAUGCAAACACUUGAAAAGUAUCAACAGUGCAGCUACGCCUCUUUGGACCCGAUGCAAUCAGCUAGUAAUCAUACUCAGAGCAACUACCAUGAGUAUCUGAGGCUAAAAGCUAGAGUUGAGCUCCUUCAACGAUCUCAGAGAAAUCUUCUUGGGGAGGAUUUGGGCACACUAAAUUCGAAGGAACUUGAUCAUCUUGAGCACCAAUUGGAGUCAUCCUUGAAGCAAAUCAGGUCAAGGAAGACUCAAAACAUGCUGGAUCAGCUCGCAGACCUUCAGCAAAAGGAGCAAAUGAUGGCUGAAGCAAAUAAACAACUCAAAAGGAAGUUGGAAGAAAGUGCAGCUCGAAUUCCAAUUCGAUUGUCAUGGGAUAAUGGAGGACAAACAAUGCAACAUAAUCGUCAGCUCCCUCCACAAACUGAGGGAUUCUUUCAACCUCUAGGAUUGAAUUCAUCUCCUCAAUUUGGAUAUAGUCCCAUGGGUGGAAACGAGGUUAAUGCAGCAGCAACUGCUAACAAUAUGAAUGGAUUUAUUCCGGGAUGGAUGUUGUAAUAAUAUAAUCAGUUAUCCAUUUUUCUACUUGUAUGAACUAAUACGACGAUGAUGUUAAUUUCUGUAUUCUCGUUUUGCUGUGGCAAAUCUGUAUUUAGCAACUUGUAAUUAUUGUUGAAGCAGAGAGGACAAUAAUGUAAGUCAUAAGUUGUUACAAAAGUAACAACUUCUGAUGAUCCCAUCUGUACUAUGCAAAAACAUCUGUAUCCUUUGUAAUUUAACGGAAUUAUGGUACUUUGGUAUCUGGGAA